UUGAGCCAUUGUUUAUCAUCAAAACUGGAUCUUUUUUGUAUUUGGUUUUUCAUUUUCAUUUUAGGUAUAAGAAUUUCUUGAUUCUUGCUUUUCUUGUGUUCAUUGAAGAAGAAGGCCAUUGCGGUUCUGCCCUUGUUUCUCUUUUUUCCCCCUUAUUUUCGGGAGAAAAAGAAAGAGAAUUGUUUCAUGGAUCUGAGGCAUCAUCAAGUUUGAUUCUUUCUGUCACUUACAUUCUAGUUUUGUGCUUGCUCUGUUCUCUCCGAAAGUCUCUUUCUUUUCUCUUGAAAUUUAACUUUGGAUAUCCAUUUAUUCUGUGGAAUGUUCACAUCGUUAUGUUGUUAAAAGGGGAGAAAUUGUUACGAUUGAUACAACCUCGUCAUUGUCGCUGGUUUCUUCGGAUUAAUCGUGGUUUUAUGGCUUUGAAUAAGAAUGCUGUCACUUGCUUUAGUUGUUUCCAGGGAUUCAGUCAUUUGAGCAACGCUAGUGAUAACCAUAAGCUCAUUAGUACCAGGCAUUGGGUGAACAUGGGCACUGCUUCCAGGCCUGGUUUUGAGACUGCACUUAGCGUUAAAUGCUCCAUGGAUCAUCAUAACGCCCUUCCCAGAAAGUUUGAGGAUGAUGAUCGUGAUCGUGAUCAUGAAUUGGCGAGGGCUUAUGCCGCCGCACCAUAUAGCCUUUUGCUAUCUGAUUCUGAUGUUAUUCCUAGAAGGGAUUUGGGUUCGAAAGUUGUGAAUGAGCAUGGUGCAAGCAGACAUGGACGCCCUCUAGGUUUCCUGGAACACACAAUGCCCAAGAAAAUGGUUGUUGCUGUUGACGUUGAUGAAGUUCUUGGGAGCUUUCUGUCGGCUCUGAACAAAUUUAUUGCAGAUCGCUACUCCUCAAAUCACUCAUUGUCAGAGUAUCAUGUUUACGAGUUCUUUAAGAUAUGGAAUUGCACUAGAGCUGAAGCUGAUAUCCGUGUCCAUGAAUUCUUUAAAACUCCUUACUUCAAAAAGGGAAUUCAUCCCAUCCCUGGUGCUCGGCUCACUCUUGAAAAACUGUCCACAUUUUGUGAUCUAUCUGUAGUGACAUCUCGGCAGAACGCAAUCAAAGAUCUGACUCUUGAGUGGAUUGGAGAGCACUACCCUGGUUUGUUUCAGGAAGUUCACUUUGGGAAUCAUUUUGCUUUGGAUGGACAGUCAAGAUCAAAAUCUGAGAUUUGCAGAUCCCUGGGAGCUCAAGUUUUGAUUGAUGACAACCCAAGAUAUGCAUUAGAGUGUGCUGAAGUAGGUUUAAAAGUCUUACUCUUUGACUACAAUAACUCAUACCCCUGGUCCAAGUCCGACUCAGCAGUUUCACACCCUCUGGUAACCAAGGUUCAUAACUGGCAAGAAGUGGAGCAGACUCUGGCAUCCUGGAUAUUGUCUUAGGACUUGAUUAGCCAAACAUGCUGAAUGGUUACAAAUUUUUCCAAAAUAAGAGCCUGGUGAUGGCCAAUUUUCUUAGAGGGUCUGGUUCCUGAUGGCCUUGUUGGGAACUAAUCUUUGGUUAAAUAGUCACUGGGAUCAAGUGAAUGUCAAUUCUUUGGAUUUUGGAUCCCCAGACUGUAGGUAAAAUUGUCAGCCAUUUGUGUCUGGUUCUAGUUUAUUGGUGGUUAACAUGAUGCUGCUUCCUUCCCUUAUAUGUAUAGGACCAGCGUCACGAGCAAUAUGAAGUAAUAUAGUAUUUCUAUGCUCGCUUUGUGUACCGUUGUGUUGUAUUGUAUGAAGUGGUUACAUGCUCAAGGAAUCUUUUCUUCUCA